AUGGCUUACUCUAGCAUUGCCCUGGGAUUCAUCGUCGCAACACUCCUGUUCUGGUUCGCGAGGCCCCUAAAAUCUGCUGGGAAAUCGGCUAAUUUCCCGCCCGGCCCACCAACUAUUCCGUUCCUUGGUAAUCUGCACCAGGUACCGCUCACCAAACCCUUUGUUCGAUUCGCAGAAUGGAGCCGACAGUUUGGCUCCCAAGGCCUUGUCGGGCUGCAGCUCGGCCCCAGCGGCAGAGCAGUCGUCCUCAACAACUGGAGAUCUGUUCGAGAUCUUCUCGACCAGCGCGGCGCCAUCUACUCUUCAAGGCCUUAUGUCCCGAUUGUUGAAUAUGUCGUCCCGCCGCCUGGGGACAUCCACCUCGUCUUCAUGCCGUAUGGCCCCAAAUGGCGGAAGGCUCGAAAAACUGUCAUGGAUUUCCUGAAAGAUGAGGAAGUCGAUAAGCUGAUCCCGAUCCAGGAUGCCGAGUCGUCGCAGAUGAUGUGGGAGUUAUUACGGGAUCCGGCGCGUUAUAAUGAUCAUGUGUUGCGAUACUUUGGCGCAGUCAUCAUGGCUUCGGUGUUUGGUACCCGCGGCAAGAACUACAGCGAUGGAGCAAAGAUCAAGCAGUUUUUCAAGGUGCAAUAUGAAUGGGCGGGAAUGCUAGAUCAAGGAUCGGUGCCGCCAUAUCAUGUAUUUCCCUUCCUACGAUUUGUGCCAGACUUCCUGACCCCCUGGCGCGGGUGGAAGAAGCGGGCCGCGUCUCUCAAAGCCAAGCAGAGCACUCUUUAUCGGGACUUAUUUAGCGAGGCACGAGGAAGGGUUGAAGUGGGCAAGAGCCAAGACUCAUUCGUUGCAACUCUUUUGCGUAAUCGACAGCAGGAUGGCUACGAUCAAGUAGAGCUGGAAUAUAUCACCGGUUUCUUGAUGGAGGGCGGCUCCGACACUACUGCUGGCGCCUUUGAAACGUUCAUCCUCGCUAUGGCUGCUCACCCGGAGAUUCAAAUGAAGGCUCAAAAUGAAGUAGACAAAGUCUUUGGAAAGGGUGGCGUGCAAACUCAGAAGUUGAAGGCUAGUAGCUUGCCAUACCUCAAGGCCUGUUUCCUAGAGACCCUUCGCUGGCGGCCUGGCUUUCCGUUGAGCAUCCCGCAUGCCAUGACUCAAAAGGACACUUACCAAGGUUACUGCUUACCCGCUAAUACGACAAUAUUGAUGAACAUCUGGGCUGUCCACCACGACCCCGAUGAGUACGAUGCACCGGAUGUCUUCAGUCCAGAGCGCUUCCUUAAGAAUUCUUUGGGCAUUAAGAAAACCGGAACAGCACUGAAAGAAGCGCUUGCUGACCAAUCUAGGCGACAGACAUAUGGGUUUGGUGCCGGACGACGAGUGUGCGCCGGUCAGCGCAUGGCGGAGAACAGCAUGAUCAUGACCAUGUCGAAACUGCUAUGGUCGUUUGACAUCAUCGCCAAGAAGAAGCUGGACACGGCAGUUCAAACAGCCUUCAAAGAUGCUAUACUCACUGGGCCGAAGGAGUUUCCAGUCGAUUUCAAGGUCAGAAGUGAGAAUCGGCGAGAAGUGAUUGAACAAGAUUGGAAGAAAGCCGACGGGUUCUUGAAACAAUUCGAAUAA